GCAACCGUUACCUCACGAACAGACGUUCAUUUUGUCUCGGAGUAAAAGGUUCAGGAAUUCAACUGCGAUCGAAGUGAAAAUGAGCACCGGACGGAUUCUGGAAGGUGCCGGCUGCGUCACCUGGUGGGGCUUCGGACCGGCAAGAGAUCUCCUCGAAACAUGCGUCCCGAGACCUCAGGGCGAACUGAACGUGUUGCUGGUGGGCAGCGGCGACCCGAGACACAUCCUAAAGACCAUAUCGGGGCUCAAGGACACCGAGUCUCUCCGUGUCUGGGUGAUGGAGAACAGCAUGGACGUGGUGGCGAGGCAACUGCUGCUCCUCUACGUGUCUCUGAGGGAUCCGGGGAGCAUGGGCCUGCAGGAGAAAACCGAGGUCUUUCUGGAGCUGUUCGGGAACAGCCAAGUCCGCUCUCAAACCGACACCACGCUGAAGCAGGUCGCAGCUCGACUGUCUGCGGGCGUCACCGACUCCCUGGACACGGACACACAGACACACCCGUGUCUGGACACCACCCUUCUCAAGUUCAAGGAGCAAGACGAGCUGGCUCGGAUCUUCACGCGGUGGGGCCGCCCAGCUUCCGCACCGCCCUGCAUGAGCAAGCUGUGGGACGCACGUGUCCGGCAGCACCUCGGGACGCGCUACGACGCCCGCAGUGGAUGCUUCGACUGGGACCUCGCUAUGAAGCUACACGACAGAGGGUGCGCCAUCAUACACAAGCAGCAGUAUGGCAGGUGGAGGGAGAGCGGCGUGGCCUUCGAGAUGAGGGAGGGGCUUUACAGCGUGGCUAAUCAGACCCUGCUGUCCACGCGCGUCUUCAGCCGCAGAGGAGACAGGAUGGGAGUCCGGGGAUACUGGGGGGACAUCGUCUCGAGUCCUUACCUUUCCUUCGGCGUCGAAACCGAGGACGAAGAGCUCCUGAAAACGCAAAACAACCAGCAUGUGAAGACCGCUCAGGACGUCUCGGUGGCAAACAUGCAGAAGCUUUUUAAGUCCCUGUCCACCAGAGGACACUCGCACACGUCUCCAGCCGGCGAAGGGUCGCGGACGCUGCCGGACGAAUCGCACGCAGGAGAGGAGCAGGACCUCACGAGCCAUCAAACUGAGUUGAUGAAUCUGAGGGGAGUGAGAGUGACAUUCCUGUCUCUGGACUCUUUGGCGAAGCUCUCCACAAAAGGCAGAUUCUGCCGCCUGUUCAAUGCGGUCUACUGUUCAGCCAGCAUGGUGCACCACUUGGACUCCACCCUGAGACAGACAAUGGCGCCCGACGCCACCCUGAUCGUCGAGCUCGCCAGGUACCUGUUGGACUUGUCUAAGGAGCAGGAGGCUUCUUUUGCAACAAAAGUCAGCGAAAUCGCCAAAGAAGCGGGAUUUGUCGCAGCACACACCCGAGACGACACCGCGUAUGCCGUGUUCACACUGCAGCAAGACGGAUGACUUCCCACACACACACACACAUACACACAAACAGCAAGUGAUUCAUUGUGAUUAGAACCAGUAUAUUUCUAAGCACAAUGCAUCUGCUUCAAAAAAUUUAUGGGCAGAAUCCAUCCCAUGAACAGGUCUGGACCAUGAAUGCGGUUUUAAAUAAACAGCUGGAUGGGUUUUCAGAA